GCCAAGAAACCUAUAGAAACAAUGCUGAUGUUGCCGUGGAUUACAGUAUCUCUGAUCCUAUAGUCCGCUGGGAUUCCUACGAGAACUUUAACCUGCACCAUGAGGACAGCCUGGAAGAUGUCUUACACACUCGGGGGCCUCUGGACGGAAGCCUGUAUGCCCGGGUCAAGAAGAAAAAUGAGCUGAGUCACUUGUCCUCUAGUAAUGGCAGUCCAGGAAGCCUAGAGUCUCCUCCACAGCAGGGUGGGCGUCUCCUGUCCAUCAGCAGUGAUUCGGGACACUCCUCUAUGUUAACGGAGAAGGCGGAAGACAACACGCCUCCCUCCAGGCCUCAGCCCACACCAGCUGAGAAGGAAGAGUUGGAUCGGCUCUUGGGAGGAUUUGGCGUCCAGCCUCAGCAGCCAAGCCAAGAAACCUAUAGAAACAAUGCUGAUGUUGCCGUGGAUUACAGUAUCUCUGAUCCUAUAGUCCGCUGGGAUUCCUACGAGAACUUUAACCUGCACCAUGAGGACAGCCUGGAAGAUGUCUUACACACUCGGGGGCCUCUGGACGGAAGCCUGUAUGCCCGGGUCAAGAAGAAAAAUGAGCUGAGUCACUUGUCCUCUAGUAAUGGCAGUCCAGGAAGCCUAGAGUCUCCUCCACAGCAGGGUGGGCGUCUCCUGUCCAUCAGCAGUGAUUCGGGACACUCCUCUAUGUUAACGGAGAAGGCGGAAGACAACACGCCUCCCUCCAGGCCUCAGCCCACACCAGCUGAGAAGGAAGAAUUGGAUCGGCUCUUGGGAGGAUUUGGCGUCCAGCCUCAGCAGCCAAGUGAAGGGUCUUGUUCUCAUUCGGUUUCCCCUUCUGCAACUAAAGAGAGAGAAACAGCCAUCUUAGAGGAUGAACUUUCCGACAUAGGCCAACCAGGCAGCUCUUUCUCCUAUCAGUCUCAGCGCUCUGGCCUGGCUCGCCAUUGUUCUUGUCGUCUGGAUUACUGUUCCCACAGCCCUGAGAGACCUCGCAAUUUGUCCUAUUAUAGGCCGGAAAGUGUUUUGGAGCGGCGGCAGCCCAUCCAUAACGGGGGGCACUCUCAUCUGCAUGCCGAGGGGUAUGAGGAGAAACGACGUGUGUUUCGUUCUCUUUCAGAGGGCCUACAGCCCCAUGCCUACCCCUAUGGCCAUGAGCUGCUGCCUCCUCACAGUCCUAGCCGGCGGGAGCACAAUGAGCUGCUUAUCUUGGAGGACCAGCCUACCUUUCUAUGCCCAUGCCAAGAUUGUCAAGAAACAGCACGGGAAGAAUCAAGGCUGCCCAUGGCUUCCUUCUACAACUUACACCUGGAUCAGGAACCGGACUUCUGGGGGUUGGACAGGCCACCCUUGCUUCAUCAUCCCUUGCACCGGGGUGGGCAGCCAAUGCCCAUUCUAAUGCCAACCAGCUAUGGGCACCAUUCCAUGUCCCAUGGGCAGCAUCAUCAGGCUUUUAACUUUGAGCCCAAUGUGAUGGCCACUCAUUUAGGCCAUGGGUAUCCAGCCCACCAGAGGCCCAAAGUAACAGAAGAUAAUGCAGAGGCCUUUGCUUAUCCUCGCUACAGCUCAGCCUAUCAUCCAGUUCCACCAUAUACCUGUGGCAGAGCCCCAGUGAAGCCCUGCCUCUCCCCCUACACCUCGGGGUAUUUGGGGUCUCCUCAGUCGGGCUCCAUUUCUCCAGCCAGCCCACUGUAUCCGCCAUCCCGGAAGCACGGAUAUGAACCCCCGGAGGGCAACGAUGGAUAUUUACUGCCACCAUCCACAGAACAAUCGUGUGAGCUUCAAGACUGCAGGGAGGGCAUCGCCUGGCAAGACCUGCCCGCCUCCCUACAACAUCAUCGGCAGGAGGUCCGAGCUGCUUGUACAGAUGAGUCUACCUCUCCCAUGCCUGUGCACACCAGCAGUCCUGUAUUCAACAACAACAGCCCUGGAUCCCGCAAGCUCUGCCACAAGACUGCCAGCCCUCUGGAGAACAUGCUCCAAUCAAACCUUGAGGAGCAAUCCUCUCCUGGAUACAAAAGAGCCCCUGAGAGGAUGACCUCAUCAGGGAACCCAUCCCAAAUCUUAUCCCCAAUGCAGGCUUUCGUGCACUUCCCUGCCUUCAGGCCACAAGCUAAUGGAGCCCCCCAGAGGCCGGGCCUCCAGGCACCACAGCUGUGUUCUCGCAAUUACUGUGCUUCUGGUUCGCCACACGUGCCUCCUUCAGCCCCUGCCAAGCACUCUCCCUUCCUGGAAGGGCAGCAGCAUCAAAAUGGCUCUGAUGCCUGCAGCCUUAGUGCUGCAGUGCUGCUGCCCCAUGAGUUGCCCCCUCAAGAUGCUGUGGGGCAUCAGCCAGGCCCUAUCGUGGAGAGGCAGCCCCAGAGGCUCACGCCCAAGGCUCCCUGCCCCAGCCAGCCCUCUCCUGGCUGCAGGACAGUCUCUGGUGCUCCAGCCUCACCGACAACUCCGGCCCUCUAUAACGGGAGGUUGCAGAGUGAGCGAGAUGAACUCGACCUAAAGGGCCUUCCCCACGGUCCCAACCCCAGCCCCUCUCUUGGGCCCUGCUCACUCAGCAUCCAGCCCCCGGCACUCGGCUGUGGCAUUGCUGACAUGCAGGGCUCCCCGACUCCAGCCUUCCCCAUUGCAACAGCCUACUACACAAGCAUGGAAGGUAGUCCUGGCAGCCGGGAGCCCCCGCAGCCUCAGCAGCCUCCACUGCCUGAGAAACAUCACCUGCUGGCCACCAGGACCUGGGAGAGGAACUCGCCACCUGGGCGUAGCCCAGGCUCUGCUCACCAUGUCACCUUUGCCCCUGGGCUGCCUGAUGGCAGUGCAUCUGGCCCAGAUCUCCAGCAAGAGAACCCAGUUAGCGUCAAAUUUGUCCAAGACACGUCAAAGUUCUGGUACAAGCCCCACUUGUCUCGGGACCAAGCCAUUGCUCUCCUGAAGGACAAGGAACCUGGCACUUUCCUCAUUCGGGACAGUAACUCCUUCCAGGGGGCCUAUGGUUUGGCUUUGAAAGUGGCAACACCUCCACCCAACAGCAUCAACCAUUCCACCAAAGGAGACCCCGCUGAGCAGCUGGUGCGCCAUUUCUUGAUCGAGACAGGACCCAAAGGGGUGAAGAUCAAGGGUUGUAACAAUGAACCCCAUUUUGGCAGCCUGCCAGCAUUGGUCUCCCAGCACUCCAUCACGCCCCUCUCGUUGCCUUGCCAACUCCGCAUCCCAAGCAAAGAUCUCACUGAGGAAAGACCAGAGCUGGCCGUUUCCACCAAUAUGAGCACUGCUGCUGACUUGCUGAAGCAGGGAGCAGCCUGCAGCGUGCUUUACCUGUGCUCUGUGGAAACAGAGUCCCUGACGGGGCCACAGGCUGUGGCAAAAGCGACCACCAGUACCUUGGCUGCUACUCCCCAUGCUUCGGCCAGUAUCGUUCAUUUCAAGGUGUCAGCCCAAGGCAUCACUCUCACAGACAACCAGAGGAAGCUGUUUUUCCGGCGUCAUUAUCCAGUCAACACCGUUACCUUCUGCAGCACGGAUCCUCAGGACCGCAGGUGGGCCAACACGGAUGGCACUACAGCCAAGAUCUUCGGCUUUGUGGCCAAGAAACAAGGCAACCCAUGUGAGAAUGUCUGCCAUCUUUUUGCUGAGUUAGACCCUGAGCAACCAGCAUCAGCCAUCGUCAAUUUCAUCACCAAGGUUAUGCUGGGCACUCACCGGAGAUGAAGGCAGCUUGGCAAUUGCUCCAGGCCUCUCAUAUGUCAUUCCUUCCUCCCCACCUUAACUGCCUGUAUGGGUGCCUAUAAUGUUUUGUGGCAUCUCUGCAACAUGGAAACAGGAUGGCUAGCUCUACCGCGUGGCUCAUAGCAGCCUUCUACUAUCUCCAUUUUAAUCCAUUGUCUUAUUUCCACAACCCACUGAUCCGGUACAGUGGGGAAAGGGCCCACUUGAUCCCAACAGAUCUAGUGUGACAUUUUAACAUUUCUCACUACCACAGAAAACACCCAGGAACAAAAGCUUUGACGAAGACUGCACAACUUACGGUAGUGUGCUAAUUCUCCCAUAAGCCUAGAUUUUGUGACCCGAUUAUAGACAAAUGCAUUCUAAAGCAUUUUCCAGGAUGGGGGAAGCAUUUUUGUACAGAUGAAGAAGAGAGAGAUUUCUCUAGCCAGGCCAAAGAUCACACUAAAUUUACUCUGAGGCACAUUUAAGAACCACCACACUUCUGGUGGUAAGCAUAGCUCUUUGCUGCAAAACCUAUAGUGGUUUACACCACCUGAGAAAAAAGUAUCUAGUGGCCUUUCCUUCUACAAACAGCAUUGGUCUGGACAAGCAUGCCGCUUUGAAUGGAGAAACAGGGCACAGGAGGUCCAAUCUUGUAUCUCUCUCCAACAAGCAGGUUAGGCAUGACCCUCUUUUAUUAGUAAGGCAUAUGAAAUCCUAAAUUGUUUUCUUUCAUUGGACAAAGUGGUGCCCAGCUUGGUAUGAAGCAAUGAAUUAUUCUUGGAAUUAUACAAACUCAGGUUCUAGCUGUAAAGUUGUAUUUUGGAUUCUCAAAUGCAUGGUCUUUUUUAAAAAACAGAAAGCUUCCCUCCGGUUUCUUAAUUGAUUGUUGGCCCUACUGAUUUAUUGGGUCUGAAAACCCCUAUAAUCCAAUGCUGUUGUCUCUGAAGCCUGGAGUUAAGCUACUAUUAUUUUUUUAGUUGUCUUUACCCUUCAAGAUACAACAUGUUUUGGGUAAGCAAUUGUGCUGCUGUUCAGUGCUGCUCUAUGUGAAUGUCUGACCUGGGAUACAAUUGGUGCAAGCUGCUACUGUAGUGUAAUAACUCUUGAACUUGCGCCCGUGCUUGAUUUUCAUUUUGAAUUGAGGUUGACUGGAAGGAGAAACCAAUAGAUACAUCACGAAUUCUUCAGUGUCGUGGAAAUGGUGCCCAGGUUGGGGGACACAAAACUCACAAGUAGUCCA